AUGUCAGACGAUGAGCUACUGCUUUACUCUUAUGGACUGUUCAACACGGGCCAGAGCAUCCACAGAAUCGACUGCAUUCCCUGGAUCGCCAACAAGUUCCCUCACCACAGCUUGAAGGAUUGGAUCACGAGGUUUUCGGAGCUACAGAGAGGAUUAACCAAACGGGAUUUAUCAGAAAGGGUAGAGCUCGUGAGCCAGCGAUUCGACAUCUCCGAUUAUGUCAGCCGACUGCAUAAACGUGGUAUUGAGCCACACGUGGAUGAGACUCUGAGUGAUGGUGUUACCGAGAGCCAGGAAUCGCAUGCCAACACAGCCGUAUCGAUGCGGCACGCGAAAGUCUCCGCGACGCCAGAUGGCGAGGAAAAUCACGUGAUUUCGAGCGACGACGACGAUGAUAUUCUUGCAGCACGCCCAAUACGAGUCAAACGCAAAUCUGGGGAUACUUCAGCGUCUCAGGAUACCCCCGAGCUUUCCGAGGCGCAAAUUAAAGCGCGGGUUGAGAAGCAGCUGUCAGAAUUUGGCAUUGGGCCCGACCAUGCGCGGGCCAGACAGUCGAGAGACUACGUUGAACAGGAGCUGGGUCAUGUGUCUCUUGUUCAUCAUCAACUGAGUAAGCUCAAGUCUGAACUAACCAAGAAGCUCAACGAUCUCGACAGAGGGCUUGGAUAUGGUGGUUUCAACGGCAUGAAGCCUGCUGUAGGUUUCUGGGGUAACGAUGGUACUGCAAACGGAGGAGCUGAAGACCCUGUUGUUUCUGAAACAGAUGAGAUCAUGGCAAAGUUCUGGGACGCGUAUGUGAGCAGAAAGGACAGAGAGCAGGGCCACAGAAAUGGGUCACGUGAUGUUGGCACAUUUCGUGGGCAGAAGCGGAGCUCGGCCUUGGUGCGUAACGACGAAGGGGAAGAUGACAGACUUGUCAAGAAGAAGAAAAAUGGCGACGCAGGCGACCAAACUGGAGAGAAGCCGCGUGGAAACGAUUCGAUCGGGAGCGCCAUAAAUGAUGUAAUCGACCUUGAUGAGGCGGAUGUGGAGGGAAAUGGUAAACAUGAUAAGGGAUCGCUGGGUAACCUAUCACUUGAAGAGUCACGUGAACUGGAGAAUCUUCUUCUUGCCGAAUCCGAUUCAGAGCUUUCAGAUUUUCCCUCUGAUGUUGACGAUUAUGAAGAGGAGCUGGAGGUUCAUGUUGCUUCUGGUGUAUCAGGUCAGGAGAAUGAAGGACAGGACUCGGCAGAUGUCUCGGCCUCUGCAAACUUGUCUCUUGACGACUCUUUUGAAGAGGAAACUCAGCUGAAACCGCUACCCAAAAACUUCAAGAUUAUUCCUCCUUACCAAGCAAUAGAGGAGGAGGAAGAUGAUGAGGCAGAGGAUGACGAUGAUGAUGACGAUAAAGACGAGAAUUCACACACGGAGAGAAGUGAAGACGAUGACGAUUUCGAGUCGCCAGUGGUCAGAACCAUGUCUCGUAGACGGUCUGCGGGAAGACCCAACUAUAAAGAGAUUCCGCCAGAUUUUGAUGAGUUCAACGAGGAGUCGGCUGAUGAGGAGAUAGCUGAUGGGGGGUCGGCAGAACAGGAAGUGACUACCAGAACUCGUCGUACCCGUGCAAGAGUCGUGUUAGAUGUGGAAUCCUCAGGAGAUGACGAAGCCGAGGCAGAGUCUGCGGAAGAGACUGUGGGCAGGAGGACUGGUCACCAGUCCCGUCAGAUUGCUGUGGAUGAAUCAGCAUCUGAGGACGAGUUGGGAUUUGAAGACGAAAGUGUCACUCUCAAACAGAAAAGUGGGCGAGCUCGAGGUAAAAAACCAACCAGAGGACGCUCGGGACGAACACGUGCUAUCAAGUACAUUCAGGAAGACAACGUUGAAGAGGAAGAGGAUGAAGAAAUUGAUGAGUAUGAGGAUGAGGAUGAUUCUGCCGAGGAAAUAGUCGAGGAGACCGACCCAGAGGACAUCUCAGCAGAAGAAAAGGAAUACUCUGGCUUGAAAAAAGCAGAGCGAAAAAAGCCUCAUUCUUUCACAGAUCUUUUUCACAACCGUGGGAAGAACCGGGUGUCCUUAUUUUCCGACUCGGGCACAGACAGUUCAUCUGGAUCGGACUCGGAUGAGUUCGUGGAGAUUGUGGCUGUGCCCAAGAAUCAACCCAAGGUGGUGCCUCGUAAACGUAUUGGUCCUGUGACCUCCCUUGCAUCCCGUGGACGGUCACGUCGGCGACCAAAGUUUGAAUCAUCUUCUGAAGAAAUCAGUGACUCAAGCGACUCCCCACAGCUGGACGAUGACAGCGACGACGAUGUUAGCCAAAGCGACUGA